AUGAUUUGCAGAUUUCCUACCGAUGAGAAGAAGUUGAAGAUGUGGUGUGAUGCUUUGAAAUUGGAUCCUCUCAGCUUGAAGAAAGAUUCAUAUAUCUGUUCUAUUCACUUUGAAGUUAAUCAGAUCAUCAAAAUGCCACAAGGAAAAUCAUGUUUGAGUUCAGAUGCUAUUCCAAAGUUACUGGCAGUUGAAACUAUUGAAAUUGCUGGAAGUUCUGCUGAAGUAGCAGUUUUUGUGGACUCAAUAUCUCCUGAACAUUCACCUAGCCAAACUAUUGAAUUGCAUUUUUCAAGGUCGCCUACAACCUCAACUUCAACGGCUUCGGAAAUGAUGAAUAUAGAUGCUGGUUCUUCCAUAAUGAAAUCUCCUUCAUUAUCUACAACUUCAACAGCUCCUGAAAUGAUUGAUUCUAUGAAAGAUAAAGAUUAUGAGACUAUCAAAAUCAGAUCCCCUGCAUUAUCAACAUCAACUUUCACAGCCCCUGAAACGAUUGAUGCUACAAAAACAUUAUUGACCAUAUGAUUAAAAUCAG